GGCGUUGUUGGCCUUAGCCAGUCGCAUAGAUCAUAUAGGCACGCCCGUAACACGUGUCACCCUUUACAAGCGGUCAGACCGGGCCGACGGCGCAAAUAGCCGUGAUGCAGCCCAAACGCAACGCGCCGCCGAGCGGCCGCCGCUGGCGCCGCAGGAGCGUCCUCACCUGCUCCAGCAUGACGAUUGUGGACGUUGUGCUGGCGCGCGGCACGGACGCCGGAAGUCUGCGAGCGCUGCGGGCGACCUGCACUUCACUACGAGAUGCGCUCCGCGACGUCACGCAGUUCCGGCUGCGCGAGCGGUGCGCCCAUGUGCAGCGCGUCCUGCCCAAGGCCAGGGCGCUCAAAGCUAUCACAGCGGUGCUAGCGGACGACGAGGACGCCGAGGACACGCAUCUGCAGCUCGACGACGGCCUCGUCGACGUCGCGUCGCUGUACGGGAGCUGGGACCAGUACGUCGUUAGCGAAGAUAACUGGCGCGUCCGGUGGCCCGAGGCGCGGGGGCUGACGCAGAAGUUGGGGGGUUUCUCGCUCUACUCGGCGCGGUAUAUGCUGAGCACGCCGUGGCGCGGUAUAAGGCACAUCGAAGCAACGGGCCGUCAGCUCUACGUCGACGAGGGCGCGUGCGUACGCUUCGAGUACGAGGCGUCCGGGGGGCUGCUGCUGGGCGUCGAGAUCCUCUCGUCGCGCUGGCUGUUCCCCGUCGAGGCGCCCACGCUGCGCGUGUACGAGUCCUCGCCGGCGACGGUUGCUCGACCCGGAAGCACGCUCGUCAGGUGCAAGCGCGCGGCCGUCGACUCGGACAGCUUCGAGGCGGCCGACGACGCGACGCUGGACGAAACGGGGGAGUGGACGACCGUGUACGCGGUCACGCACACGCUCGCGACGCCCCUGCCGCUGGCGCGAAGCACGCGCGUCGUCGUCGAGGUCGAUUGCCGGCGGCACUCCUGCAACGCGGCGGUGCACAACGUGUUCUUCCGCGUGGCGGUUUGAUUGCCCCGGCAGCGUGUGGGAGUGUGUAAGUUUUGA